AUGUGUUUCUCUAAAAGCCAGCUCUGUCUCUACUUUCAGUUCCAGCCUGAAGAAACGGUGUCCUGUACAUCCGACGUCCACACCCCUGUCUACUGCCCUGUCUACUGCCCUGUGUACUACCCUGUCUACUGCCCUGUGUACUACCCGGUGUACUACCCUGUGUACUACCCCAUGUACAACACUGUGCAGUACGCUGUGGAGAACCCUGUGGACUACCAGAUGUACAGCCCUGUGCAAUACCCUGUGGAGAACCCUGUGGACUCCCAGAUGUACAGCCCUGUGCAAUACCCUGUGGAGAACCCUGUGGACUCCCAGAUGUACAGCCCUGUGCAAUACCCUGUGGAGAACCCUGUGGACUCCCAGAUGUACAGCCCUGUGCAAUACCCUGUGGAGAACCCUGUGGACUCCCAGAUGUACAGCCCCGUGCAAUACCCUGUGGAGAACCCUGUGGACUCCCAGAUGUACAGCCCUGUGCAAUACCCUGUGGAGAACCCUGUGGACUCCCAGAUGUACAACCCUGUACAGUACGCAGUGGAGAACUUUGUGCAGAACCCUGUGCAGUAUGCUGUGUCCGACCAUGUGGACAUCACCAGGCACGAGCACAUGCAUGAACUUAGAAAUAUCCAAGAAUCUAUGGAAGCUCUGCCUGCACCCGAGGCCCUGCCUGCACCCGAGACCCUGUCUGCACCUGAGGCCCUGUCUGCACCUGAGGCCCUGUCUGCACCCGAGACCCUCUCUGCACCUGAGGCCCUGUCUGCACCUGAGGCCCUGUCUGCACCCGAGACCCUCUCUGCACCUGAGGCCCUGUCUGCACCUGAGGCCCUGUCUGCACCCGAGGCCCUGCUUGAACACGAGCCACUGCCUGCACCCGAGGCCCUCUCUGCAGCUGAGGCCCUGCCUGAACCCGAGGCACUGCCUUCACCCGAGGCCCUGUCUGCACCCGAGGCCCUGCCUGCACCCGAGGCCCUGUCUGCACCCGAGGCUUUGUCUGCACCCGAGGCCCUGCCUGCACCCGAGGCCCUGUCUGCACCCGAGGCUUUGUCUGCACCCGAGGCCCUGCCUGCACCCGAGGCCCUGCUUGAACCCGAGCCACUGCCUGCACCCGAGGCCCUCUCUGCAGCUGAGGCCCUGCCUGAACCCGAGGCACUGCCUUCACCCGAGGCCCUGCCUGAACCAGAGACCCUGCUUGAACCCGAGCAACUGCCUUCACCCGAGGCCCUCUCUGAAGCCGAGGCCCUGCCUUCACCCGAGGCACUGCCUGCACCUGAGGCCCUGCCUGAACCAAAGGCCCUGCUUGAACCAGAGACGCUGCCUACAGCCGAGGCCCUGCCUGCACCCGAGGCCCUGCCUGAACCCGAGGCCCUGCCUGCAGCCGAGGUCUCGUCUGUACCCGAGACCCUGCCUGUACCUGAGGCUCUGCCUCAACCCGAGGCCCUGCCUGCACCCGAGGCCCUGCCUGAACCCGAGGCCCUGCCUGCAGCCGAGGUCCCAUCUGUACCCAAGACCCUGCCUGUACCUGAGACUCUGCCUGUACCUGAGACCCUGCCUGCACCAGUGUCUCCUGAGACACAGAAGGAGAAGGCAGAGGAUGCUCAGGAACAGACGAGGCAGAAACAGCUGAUUAAAAUUCAGGACCCCAACAAUGGUGGCCGAAAAAUCAGCAACCAAGAAGAUGACAGCUCACCAAACAUCACGGGAGUUGAACUAUUCGUUAAAGACGUGGACCCCAGGAUCAGUGAACAGCGCCUCUUUAAUGAGUUCCUCCCGUUCGGAGACAUCAUCAGCUUUAAGCUGAUGAUGGAAAACGGGCGCUCAAAAGGAUAUGGCUAUGUGACAUACUCCAAUGAAGCAGAGGCCAAAACAGCCAUAAGCGAGCUAAACGGGAAGAUCCUGGGAACGAAGGUUCUGUUCAUCGCGCUGUCAAAAUCCAAAGAGGAACUGGCCAGGCUGAAAAAUCGAAGAAACUGGACACGCAAGCCGUGUUACAAGAAAGACACGAAGAGGUUCUGGCCACAGCGUCAUUAAUCUGCUGUACCAAACUGCCAGGAACCCUACAGAGACUCAAUAAAAUUAAAAAUCUUUACAAUAAAUUCAAUUCAAUUCAAUAAAAUGUUCCUAUUGC